GUAUAUUUGACAGCUAGGAGAUUUAAUGCCCUUUUCCUCAGCCAUCUGCUGGGAGUAGCAGACAUUAAGGGGGGUUCCAUACUUAAAGACCCUUUAAUCUUGAUCCUGAACUCAACAGAGACGCUCAGCAGCACCAGUCAACAUGACGACUGACCCUGAAGGCAACCUAGGAAGUAGCAGGUUGGGCCCCAGUGAUAACCUAGCUGCUAUUUUCAGGGAAUGCAGCAGAGAUCCAACUGAACCAAUAAAGACCCGACUGAGAAGCAUGCUGAACACAUUUCAGAAUUACCAAAGGGACACUGCAGGAAAUGAGACUUAUGAGUUGGCUAAAAGGUGCUGCCUCCAAGCUAGGACACGGUAUUACAGUAUCCUGGAGAAACACGCUGUUCAGGAGAGGAAAAGGCUGGGCGUCAAUGAUAUCUCAUCCACCUUGAACAAUGAACUUUAUCAGCGCUGUCUGGUGGCCUGCUGUCUUGAGAUGGCCAUAUCUUCCAACAAGCUACCGUGUGACUUCCCUCUUCUCCUUCAGAUCCUCAAACUAGCACCAUAUCACUUUGUAAAGGUGAUUGAGCCGGUGUUGCGGUUAAGAGAGGGCCUACCUUGUACUUUGUUCAGAGACCUCGCUAAGGUGGAGGAGAAAAUUCUGGAGAGUUUGGCCUGGACCAGUGACUCACCCCUGUGGGAGGAUAUUAGAGCCAAUGAGGGCCAACUGCCUACCUGCCAACAGGUGAUGCCUCCUAACAUGCUUGACGACCCAAGUAGGACUGAUUUAGCUCCUGAUGGAAGCCUACCAGGAGCGCCUGCAGACCACGACCAGCAGCCUUCCACGUCAGAUCAAAACAGGCAAAGAAGAAGCAAGGGUUUCAUUAUAUUUGCUCGUAAGGUGUACAUGCUGAUGAGCUUGCGUCUGAAGGACUUGUGUUACAAACUGAAGAUUUCUGAAGAGCUGCGAAUGAAGAUUUGGACCUGUUUCAAACACUCCCUGGUCCACUUCACUGAUCUCAUGAUGGAUCGUCACCUUGACCAGCUGCUCAUGUGCGCCAUUUACAUCAUACCACAGAUCACCGGCAUGGAUUUAACCUUCAAGCGCAUAAUGGAGGCCUACAUGGAUCAGCAGCCUGCCAGAGAAAGUGUUUACCAAAAAGUCCUGAUAUCUGGAAGAAACUCCAAAAAUUCUUCCCCUGCAAGCAACAAUAUUUCAGACCACAGCACCCAUUUUCUGACCCCUGAUACGCCAUCAGCACAUUAUCCAGCACCUUGUCAGGAGGAAAGGGGAAACCUGAAUACAUUUUACGACCAAGUCUACCAUAAAAAGAUGGAAAAUUUUGCCAAGCAGUUUGCACCACCUCCUGGGGUUGGCACUCCCCGUACGACUCCAUAUCCUGUGCAGAACAGAGCAUCUCCUCGCAGAAACCGUCUUCCCAGCAACCUGAACAUUUCUCUGUACAACAGGGAAAGCACUCGCCAAAGGACACCCAUAUACACGUACUACUUCAGCUCAAGCAGCUCAGAGCGUCUGCGUGAGAUCAAUAAUAUGAUCUCAGGCAGGAUCCCCAACAAGCGAUCCUAUGCUUCAUCAAUGAAUGGAGCAGAGGAAGAGGAGGGAGAUGGGUGUCCUCUUGUGAGAAGGCGUCGUUUGGAUGGUCCUUCAGCUUUGAACAGGAGACUGAGGGAAGUGGAGAAUGAUCGAGCAGCAGCGAGGGAUCGAGCCACCUGCAGGUCCAGCCUAAGAGCAUGAAGUUUCACUCUGCUUUUAUGAAGGUGUUUGAAGAAAGCAAUAUGUAGCUUUGUUUUCAUUUUAUUUUAUCUUAUAAAUUUUAUUUAGGCUAUCUCAAAAAUGAGUGUUUUCAGUAGCCAAGAGCUUUAAUUAUGCACAGUUUUUUUUCUCUUUUCCCCUGCACUUUCUGUGACACCGACUCCCUUGGUGUUUUUAAUCAGACACUUUAGACUCUUAGCUCAGUGGUCAGUGCUAUUUUAUAGGUUGGGUUUGAAACUAAAGAGCCCACUCAAAAAAACAAAAGCUUCUCAGGUGUACAACAAAAAAAGACUUGUAAGCAAACUGAACAGUCAGCACACAGAAAUGUCUUUUUAGGGUCUUUAUUCAUAGCAGUACGAUACGAUAUACGAUAUAGUUCAAUACGAUACAAUACACUUUAUUGUCCCCUUGGGAAAAUUUGACUCCAAGUGCUGCAUAAGUUUUUUAAAUAAAUAUGUUAACAAACAUAUCAUGCACAAGAAAGACAUAGCAUUAAUCAUUAAGACUCACACAAACCUGUCACUGGUACAAAGCAGGAGAGGUCUAUGUGCAGUAAAUCAGCGAUGUCACAAAGACUACUUCACAAAAAAAAAACUAUCACAGAAAAACAUCUCAACAAGCUCCUCAUUUAGCACUCCUGGAUGCCCAGUCUUAAUCUAAAAGGCUUCUCUCUAAAGGAAGUUAUCAUCAGAUUUCUCAUUCUUAAUCCUGAAGUUGCUUUUGGUUUUAGAAAUUGGGUAUUUCUUAGUUUUACCAACACAACAUAAGCCACAGUGCAUUUCAUGGUUGUGCCUGGCUGCUCCUCCUUACAAGUAUAUGAAGAUGUUUAAAUCAAUGUUAGAAAUUGCUUUUUUUCUAUUCUUUGCAUAAAAUCUGGUUGCCACUGAGAUACAAGGAAACCAUUGAACUGCUUUAUGUUGUGAAAGAUAGACUUGUCUGCUCCCCUAAAGCAUGCACAAUGAUUUAAUGUCAAGCUUCACACAUAUCCAUGUUUCUGUUCAAUGGUAUAUUUUACUAGAGGAUCCUGAUGAACUUUGAGAUGCUUUUAUGAACUUUUCAGUGCAAUGUUUUUCUUUUUUUUUUAUUUACCCUGAAAUUACAUUUUUAGUUAUAUAUAUUUCUAAAAGAAAAGAAGUGUGUUGGCAUUGUUUGACAUAUAUGAGAAAUUAGCUGAAUAAGUUUGAUACUGACAUUCGGUCAUAUCAUUAGCUUCUGUCUUAAUACAACCCAAACAUCAAGGUAUGUCAGCUUGUUUGAACUAUUUAAAGGAAAAAUGACUAACCUGUGGUGCAAUAUUUAUUUAUAUAAAUGUGUAUUUGUCUCUCAAAUAUGCCCAGUUUUUACAAGA